UUUAUUUCUGAUCGAUUCUUCAGCAUGGUCGCAAAGAAAUCAUUGACAAGUUCAAAAAAGCCAGUUUUGAAUAAAAAGAAUGUCAAAAAGCAAGAUCAGAAGGAUCAAGAACCAGUUAAAAAGGAACUUUCUAAAUCUAAGUUAAAGAAACAAGAGUUCCAACGUAAAAAGUACAACAAGGACAAGAAAAAGAAAAAGAACAAUACAGAGGAAGACGAUGAUUCAGAUUUCGAGAUUGUACCUACAACUACUUCAAAGAGCAUUAUGGAUAGCGAUGAAAGCAAUAGCGAUGAUGACUCUGAUCUUGAACAAGACAUGUUUGGUAAGUUUAAAGCCAAGAAACCAGUCGCUGUUCCUGUAGCUGCCUCAACCGCUUCAGUAAAGCAACAAAAGCCUAUCACUAUGAAUGACAGUGAAGACGAAGAUCAGGAAGAAAAAUUCAUUGCAUCCGAGACCUUGGCUGCAAACAGAAAGAACAAGAAAUCUGGUGGUUUCCAAUCCAUGGGCUUGAGUAAUCCUGUAUUUAAGGCCAUUAUUCACAAAGGUUUUAAAGUACCUACUCCUGUUCAACGUAAAUGUAUCCCUCUUAUUUUACAAGGGGAUGAUGUUGUUGGUAUGGCCCGUACAGGUUCAGGUAAAACUGCUGCUUUCUUAAUUCCCAUGCUUGAGAGACUCAAGACUCACUCUGCCAAGACUGGUGCUCGCGGUCUGGUUCUUUCUCCCUCCCGUGAACUUGCUCUUCAAACCCAAAAAGUAUGCAAAGAACUCAUGAAAUACACUGAUUUGCGUAGUGGUUGUAUUGUGGGUGGUGAUAGUUUGGACGAACAGUUUGAAAUGAUUGCCUCCAAUCCUGAUAUUCUAAUUGCUACACCUGGUCGUUUAUUGCAUUUGGCUGUAGAAAUGAAUCUAGAUAUGCGUACAAUUGAAUAUGUCGUGUUUGAUGAAGCUGAUCGUCUUUUUGAAAUGGGUUUUGCUGUUCAACUCCAUGAAAUUUUAUCUCGCUUGCCACCCACACGUCAAACACUCUUGUUCUCUGCCACAUUACCUAAAAUGCUUGUGGAUUUUGCUAAAGCAGGCUUACAAGAACCUACUUUGGUACGUUUGGAUGUGGAUACAAAGAUUUCUCGAGAUUUGGAAAUGGCGUUUUUCUCAGUCAAGGACAAUGAAAAAGAAGGCGCUUUAUUGUACUUGCUAAAGAAUGUGAUCAAGUUGCCUAAAAAGACACAGAACGAAGACCAAAGCGAUAUCAAAAGGUAUAAGAAAAAGAAUAAGGAGAAAUCAGGCACUGAAGCAGAUCACCAAACUAUUCUUUUUGCCGCUACCAAACAUCACGUUGAAUAUUUGGCCAAUGUCUUGCAAAUUGCUGGUUAUCAAGUCUCUUAUGUUUAUGGUUCUCUUGACCAAACAGCCCGUAAUAUUCAGAUCAAUCGCUUCAGAAAUGGUGUGACCAACAUUCUGGUGGUCACUGAUGUUGCUGCUCGUGGUAUUGAUAUCCCUAUUCUUGAGAAUGUCAUCAACUAUGACUUUUGUGGUUCUUCUAAAGUGUUUGUACACCGUGUAGGUCGUGCUGCCCGUGCUGGUCGUCGUGGUUGGGCUUAUUCACUUGUGACAUCAGAAGAACUUCCUUAUGUAGUGGACCUUCAUCUCUUCUUGACCCGUCCUCUUGUUCUCGGUGGCGAAAAAGAUGAAUAUGACUAUACCUCUGAGUUAGUAUUGGGUGCUAUGCCUAAAGAUGCAUUAAUUGACGACAAGGCUUGGGUCGAUGACAAGGUUUCCAAAGACGCUGCUUUAGAAGGUACUUACCGUACUGCUAUGAAUGCCUAUAAGCUCUAUAACCGUACCAAGCCUCGUGCCUCUCCUGAAAGUUAUGGUCGUGCCAAAGAAUUCCUUAAGAAGACAGCUUACAAUAACUUGCAUCCACUUUUAGUGAAUGAAGAAAACUCUAAUGCUGCAGAAUUAGAGCGUGUCAAUAUGUUGAAUGCUAUCAGUGGAUUUAGACCUGCUGAAACUAUCUUUGAGUUUGGUGUAAGGGGCACUCGUAAAUUGACGCCUGCUACUUCUAUGAUGCGUGAACGUCGUCAACAUGUAGACAAGAUUAUCUCUGCUCAUAAAUCAAAAGUACAAGCUGAAUCUGCUGUUAUCAAUAAGCCUGUCGAAAUACGUGAUGAAGACAAAAUUGUGCAAGAAUUGGGUGGUGAUGUAGAAGAAGAAGAGUUAGCAGAAACCUUUAAUAUACCAGAAUCAAAAGAAGAUAAAAAAACAAAGAAUUUCCGUGACGAAGAAUACUACAUGUCUUACACUCAAAAAGACGCUAACACCGAACGAGGCUAUUCCAUGAACAAUGAAGGCAGCUUUAUGGAACAAGCCAGCAAAGCACAACUUGAUCUGACAGGAGAUGAUAAUGAAGGUAUUCUUAAGAACAAGAACAUGAUGCGUUGGGAUUCCAAGAAGCACAAAUUUGUCAAAGGCAGUGGUAUUGGUGCAGACAACAAAAAGAUGAUUCGUACAGAAAGCGGUGCUUUGAUCUCUGCUUCUUUCAAGAGCGGUCGCUUUGAUGAAUGGGCCAAAAAGAAGCGUAUCACAUUGCCCCGUGCAGGUGAGCGUGAAUUAGCUGGCGCUGGUAAUAUGAGCAAGAAACGUUUCCGUCACAACAAGUCAGAGGAUGCAAAGCCUUUGGAUCCAUUAUCUUAUGACUAUGACAAGAAGUUAAAGAAGCGCAAGAUGAAUGAAUCUGAAGGACCCAGUGUAGAUAAGAGUGGUUUGGGCAAGAAGCGUGUAGGUAAUGCCAAUGCCAAGAGUGAACUCAAGAAUGCUAGUCAAAUCCGUAAGGAUCGUAUUGCCUAUGAAAAGAGAAAGGCAAAAUCUACUCGUCCUGGUCGUAAAUCAAGCCGUGGCAAGGGUCGCAAAUAGAUUGUUUAUAUAAAUUUGUAACAUAAUAAACUGCUUAGAUAAAAAUCCAUG